CCCGAAGAGGAAGCAGAAAGACAACAUGGAGGAAACCUGUUUCUCUUCACACUCUUUUAUUUAAUGACUCAAAGACCAAACUCACUUAAUUCCACCUUCACUUUAUUCAUCAGCUGGAGAUGCCGACAUCCUGUCAGAUGAACUAGUUUUCGCUAAAAAACUACAACACGUGAUCGCUCCCACGCUGCGAGGUGGCUUGCUCAACUCAUUGCAGAGACACUGGUGUAACGUGGAAUCCUGAACAUGGACUUCAUGCCCGAUGACAACUCCCAGUACAAACAUGUUGACUACUGGGAUGAAAGAUACAAGAAGGAGCUAUGUUACGACUGGUUGGGCGACUUCUCCAAAUUCCAGCACCUUCUGGAUACGCACGUCAAGAAGGAAGACUCCAUUCUUAUACUGGGUUGCGGAAACAGCAGCAUGAGUGGGGACAUGUACAUUGCCGGCUACCGCUCCAUCACCAACAUAGAUUACUCCUCAGUGUGCAUCAGCACAAUGGGCGCCAGGUACAGCGACUGCCCCGGUAUGACCUGGCGUCAGAUGGACGUGCGCCAGCUCCGCUUCCCCGGCACCUCCUUCGAUGUCAUCCUCGAGAAGGCCACGCUGGACGCCAUCAUGGUGGAUGAGAAGUCACCUUGGGAGGUGUCCCCUGAGACCGCCUGUUUUGUUCACCAAGCACUCUCAGAGAUCAGCCGCUGCUUGAAGCCUGGAGGACGCUUUGUCUCCGUCACCUUUGCGCAGCCCUUGUUCAGGAAGCGCCUCUACGCUCGCGCUGAGUACAACUGGUCAAUCAAGCAGUACAGUUAUGGAGAAGGCUUUGAAUAUUUUGUGUAUGUGAUGACCAAAGGAGAACAGCUCAGUCCGCAAGAUGCAGACCUGGAGAAGAAGCUAAUUGAGGAGAUGAAAUCGGAACCUGGCAGGACUCCCGCUACACAACCAGAGGACAAGGAGGACUUCCUGUCGAAUAUUGACUUGUAAAAUGACCGGAGUAUCUUAAGGAAUCUAAGACAUCAGAAACUUCACACCUUCACACUUAAAAAAUGUCUCGGUGGGAAGUCAUUUUCAAGCAAACUAGGAAUAUAACAUUUUUGUAUAUUCAGUUUAGAAAUUCUUAACCUAAUUUUUUUUAAUAUUUUUUAAUCAUUUCUAUUUCACCACAUAGAUGCUCUUAUCCAACAGGGUGUUUAACACAGGGCAGUGACUGAUGAAAACAAAAUGUAUGGUAUUUUUAAUUUAUACACAAUUUACAUUCUUAAUACAAAGACAGAGGAGUUCUAACGAAAGAAUUGUGCCAAAUAAGCCAAAUCAAGACUGAACCUUUAACUACAGCUAACUUUGAAAACUACCUCAUUACAGCUGCAGCCCCAUCCAGUAAAUAUACUGGAGUUUUAGAGUGACCAUACAAAACCAGUUACACGUUUUUAUGUUAGGAUCUAAAACAACAGGUCAACAUAAUGUCAGAAAUGCACAUGAGCCAAUGGACGUCAUGCGACAGGAUACAAUUACAUUGAAAAAAUACUACUAAUAAUGUACAGUGCAGUUGACAUGUGAAUGCAUGCAUGUGUAUAAAAAAUCUAAAUUACACAAAUAACUGUUUCGAGUGAGGAGGCGAAUAAAACGUUUUCUUCCUGUGGCGAGGCAAAUUGUGUUUUUUGCGUUGAAUUAAACUUUGGUGAACUUC